AUGUGUGGCCACUUUCAGGUCAUGUGUUCGAAUCCUUCUGUGGUCGCAAUAGCUUUCAUGUUCAUAUUCUCUUGUGCGACUUCUUUGACUUCUUACUCUACAUCUUUGGGUGCACAUCAGUACAUCAUGACGGCCGCCUUUACUCAACGGGACGUUAACAUCACGACGACGGCAUUUACUCAACGGGACAUCAACAUCAUGACGGCCGCCUUUACUCAACGGGACGUUAACAUCAUGACGGCCGCUUUUACUCAACGGGACAUCAACAUCAUGACGGCCGCCUUUACUCAACGGGACGUUAACAUCAUGACGGCCGCCUUUACUCAACGGGACAUCAACAUCAUGACGGCCGCCUUUACUCAACGGGACGUUAACAUCAUGACGAUAGCCUUUACUCAACGGGACAUCAACAUCAUGAAGGCCGCCUUUACUCAACGGGACGUUAACAUCAUGACGACGGCAUUUACUCAACGGGACAUCAACAUCAUGACGGCCGCCUUUACUCAACGGACAUCAACAUCAUGA